GACCAUAUGUCCACGACAGUAGUAGUAGGGUAUAAAAAGCUAGUCAUUUCACUGUCACUGUCAUUUUGCAAGACAUUCUAGACGAAGACGCUUCGAGUUUUGUGUCUCGUGGCUCUGGUGGCAUGUCAUUGAGGUUGCCUGACCUGGUUCAAUUUUUGUUUCGUCCAUCUGAAUCAAACGUUAUCAAAAUCCUCAGUGGUAGUAUUCAGACGUUUUCGGGUUCUGCGGUUCUUCUCUAGAACUGUGAGCGAUCUUACUGGUGGGCUCAACUGAACGUGCACAACUCCUCUCCCAGCUGAAGUUUCAAACAUGGCGGGAAAGGAGCCUCGUGUUUCUGGCAAACAGAUGGAGCAGUGGUCAAGGAUUCAGCGGAAUAUCCGAUGUAGUAUCAUCGAAGAGGAUCGAUUCGGUCGCCCAGGAGCAACCCUGAGGUCGUCAAUUAACAUCAUUGGUGGACUUGAUAUUUCGUUCAGCAGCAACGACAACCAGACGGCCGUGGCUGCGCUAUCGCUAUAUAACUACGGUACCAUGCAACACAUGCAUACAUUUAAGAUUCCCGUCAAAAUAACCGUACCAUACAAAUCCGGCUUUUUGGCGUAUCGAGAAGUCGAGCAUUAUGUCACGUUGCUGGAGACACUUAAGAAGGAACACCCCCAGUGGAAGCCACAGGUGCUUUUGGUGGAUGGCAAUGGAAUUUUGCACCACAGAGGCUGUGGCUCAGCCAGCCAUCUAGGAGUUGUGGCUGACGUGCCCACCAUUGGUGUAGCCAAAAAACUUCUUAUUCCAGCGGUUCAAGCCCGAAGUGAGCGACAAUUCCGAGAAGACAAUAUCAAACACCUUUGCCAAAACAGAGGCACGGCUCCAGUGAUUGGAAAGGGCAAGACCGGCAUCAUUGGAGUAGCCAGCGUCAACAAAGGUGGAUCAACACCCGUCUAUAUUUCAGUGGGCCACAGAGUGUCUCUGAAUACUGCAGUUAGAAUAGUCCAGCAGUGCUAUCGAGGCAAUUGUAGAAUUCCAGCUCCUAUAGACAGUGCUGAUCAAGAAUCCCGGCAACAGAUUGGUGCAAGAACGAGAGAUACUCGCCCGCGUGUGAAUGCCAAGCCUAGAGAUCGCAACAGUUACCACGGACCAGUGCAGCAGGUCGACAUGGACACGUCUGGCGGCAAGGAUUCCACGACUUCCACCACACAUGACGUUCAGCAGGAGACUCCGAAUACAGCUCCACUGAAGGCACAGCCAUCAGAUAACGCCCAAGGGACUCCUGGUUUCCCUGCUCGUCUACGUGGCAAAGCAGCUCACACCUCCCCAGACGACGAGGGCUUCACCUCGGCUACUGGAAAACAUACAUUCAAGCCCAAGCCAUCAGCUAACGCCCAAGGGACUCCGUGUUUCCCUGCUCGUCUACGUGGCAAAGCAGCUCACACCUCCUCAGACGACGAGGGCUUCACCUCGGCUACUGGAAAACAUACAUUCAAGCCCAAGGCAUCCCCGUCAGUGCAACACAUCACCCGAUCCACAGGUAACAUGGGCUACCGAAGCAUCAGCCACCAAGAGGGAGAGGCAUUUGGAACGCAUUGCAGCUACCCGCAGAGGAAGCGCUAGUGCAAUCAAGCAAAAACUGGAUGCUGCCACCCGGGAUUCGUCUUCGAACAGCGACCCUGAUGAGGUUCCUGUCGCUAUGGGCAAGCGGAAGGCUACCCAAGCAACGCCAACCAGGGAUAACCUUGAUGAUUAUGUUCUUCUACACUUUGUCAUGUGAUAAUUGUCAACUCGCUUGCUAGCCUUCCUACUUUGUUGUAUCCCAUUUAUUUUAGUAUCCCUGAUGUGUGUCCAUACCCCUGCUUGAUGAUUUAACUCCAGUUACUUUCAUUGGCUACCUUUAAUUCCGUACUCCACUGAUGAUAGGGACAGAAGAUAUAUUUCUCGCCGGCCGAGCGGAGCGAGUGAGGUUAGAAAUGAUUUCUCGCGCAACAAAAUUUUGUUUCUUGCGAAUAUGGAAUCUGGUGUUUUCUCUUUUUGUUGCUGUUCUUUUUGCCUGACUUCUUCAGUCAGUUUUUUAUGUCUCACCAGUGUCCCCACCCUCCCACGUUUCAUGUCUGCCCGUCUUUUUCCCUUUCUUUCUUGGCUGUAGAUAUGUUGUGCCAGUUUAAUGCUGCCAUAUUACCACUUGGGGUUAUACACCCGGUCUUUUCCCUCAUUCGUGCGUUCGUCGGCGCGAGGGUUUUUUCCCGGCUGGCUCGGUCCAGAGAAAUUAAUCUGACGGUCCCAAGUGGUGCAAUGCAAUCACUUUUCCUCCUGGGGUCUGUCUCCCUGUUGUUGCUCCUAGUUUCGUCUGCAUUCCGGUUCACAUCUGGCUACGGCCUACUACCCUAA